AUGAGUAGGCUUUCCCUUCAACUUCAAAUUGUUGUGCAAUCAUUUCUGCUGGUUUACUUCCUAAAAGAUGUUGCUGCAUACAAUAUUUCAAGAGUUGGAAGUCUCAAAACCAAAUGCAUAGACUCAGAGAGACGAGCACUUCUCAAGUUCAAGGAUAAUUUUGAUGACAACAGUGGUCUUCUUUCAUCUUGGGGCAAUGAAGAAGAACAAAAGGAUUGCAGUCUUUGGGAUGGAAUUCGCUGUGACAACAUAACUGGUCACGUCGUCAUGCUUGAUCAUCCUGAUAUGGAUCUCUGUGCCAGAGGUAAGUAUACAAGCUCUUCAUUGACUGAGUUGCAAUAUUUGAAUUAUUUGGACCUCAGUGGCAAUGACUUGAGUAAGAAUCAAAUCCCAAGUUUCAUUAGCAACAUGGUUGCACUUCAACAACGUGAUCUUUCUGCUACUCAAUUACAAGGCUCUAUUCCUAAAACUUUUUGGAAUAACCUAACUGCCAUUUCAUACCUUGAUCUUAGUUACAAUGAGUUAGGUUCAGUUCCAAAAUCUUUAAGGAACAUGACUUUCCUUACACAUCUUGAUAUUCGCAGUAAUAAUUUAAAAGGUUCGAUUCCUGAAGCUUUUGGCAGCAUGGCUAACCUUACAUACCUUGAUCUUGGCAGUAACAGUUUAAAAGGUUCCAUUCAUUUAGCUUUUGAAAACAUGACUAUGCUUACAUAUCUUGCCCUUGAUGAAGGCUCCAUUCCUGAAUCUUUUGGCAACAUGGUUGCACUGACACUCCUUGCCCUUCAUGAUAAUCAGUUAGAUGGUUGCAUUCCUGAAUCCUUUGGGAAUAUGUCAGUGCUAGAACACCUUUAUCUUAAUUCGAAUAUGUUAAAAGUAUCAAUUCCUAAAACAUUUUGGAAAUUGACAACCCUUGUAGAACUUGAUCUUAGUUUUAAUAUCUUAAAAGGCUUCAUUCCUGAAACACCUGAGGACAUGAUGGUUUCCCCUGAACUCCUUAAUCUUGGCUAUAACUCAAAGGCGACAUUCCAAAAUCCAUUUGGAAUAUAUGCACUUUACGCAAAUUGCAGAUGCCUUCAAACAAUCUUACGGGACAACUCCCUGAGCUCACUCAAUCUUCAUCUAGAUGCAAACACCAUUCAUUAA